ACUUUUUGACGCCAAGUCGUACGCCAUGGUUGGUAACUGGCCGUACCCGGCAGCGUCCACACCUCGGCAUGCACCGCCCGUCCCGCCUUCAUC